AUGUCAUGGCGUUCAAGAGCCAGAAGGCAACAGCGGGCUACUUCAGCCAUCAACAUCCCGCUGCCGCAAUUCAAAAAAGAUGUAACCUCGGUCACCAGACGUCACAAACCGAUGAUCGACGAAGCGCUUGCCAUAGCAAAUCUACAAACAGCUUUCCAUUUGAGGUUGCAAUCAAUUGUACGGACGGCCAAGGUUACUGACGAUAUGAAAAAACCCGAAAAAGCAGACAAGUCCUUGGCAAAGAAGAAGGCAGAGAUAGCCCAAGCAAAACAUGUGCCAAGGGGUGUAUGGGAGCUGGCGGAUAAAGUUGGCAUUGACAACGGAAGCGUACGCGAAUACGGUACAACAAGCAAUUCUGUUAGAGCGACCGUUAGCCAGUGCGAAGCCUGGAAAGCGUAUGCUCUUGAGCAUUUUGACUCGGUUGCGGCCGCAACGGAUCUGAGAUUGCUCCAGAAAGCCAAGAAAGAGAACGAAUUGCAACUCCGCACCUGCUCAUUGAAACUGCAGAAACUUUUUCGAUCGGAUCUUCCAACCGAAAUGGUUGAUCAUUUCAUGGAAACGCUCGAUAAAACUGCUAUAUUAUUGACCGACGAUAUUGGCGAGCUCAGUGCCAUUGUUAGGGCAACAAUGCUUCGUUAUGUCUCAUCGACAACGACCACAGGUUAUCCGUUGGCAUCUCUUAUCCCAGCCGCAGCAAUCCGUGACAGCAGAUUUUUGAACCACGAAAACUGCUUACCAGUCGAUCCUCCACAAGAAUUUGAGGAUGACAACGAAGAUUACACAAAGCUUUUUACUCAAGAACACAUUCAAUAUAUACAUCAACAGUACCUGGGAAGCUCUCAAACCUCAUCGGCAGAAAAGCAUCCGGUGUGGAAGGAACUGCAUGUAGAUGGCUUCGGCGACGCCCCCAAGAUGCCUAGAGGUCUAUCCCACACCACCGGUUCCGCGGUACAGAUCUUUGCAAGAAAUACCAUGAAGAUGUGGAGCGGAGCUAUUGUGAAUAAAGCGGCUGAAUAUGUCGUACGAAUCCUCUUGCGUUUGAUUCUUGCUCCGACGAGAGAAGCUGUCCAUCAAAGCAUGAUCAAGAAAAUGUCAGAAAAAAAGAAGGAGCAAGCAACCAAUCGUGCGUUAAGAAGCAAUCGCGAUGUGCAACGAAAUAUUCUUUAUUUUGAAAAAAAAUACUACCAUCAAUGUGAAAACCAUUUGACACGUUGCCGGGACGAAGAAGAGUAUCAAAAGUGGCAGACUCGUCUGUACCAGUCGCAAGUACGCUUGGCUCGGCUUGACGAACAAUGGAAGGCGAGAAAAGAAAGAACGCAAGGAUCAAUGUCUUUAACCGAGUUUCGUGAAGAAAUGGAUACGAGCGAUGAUACCAACGAUCAAGGCCAAAAAAGUCAUGAUGGCGACGAUGCCAAUGAUAAGCAAAAGGAAGAACAAAUGGCCCACGCGGUCGCCAUGUUGUCGAUCGAAAGUUGUGAGGACGAAGUCGCCGAAGUUUUGGAGUCGAUGGAGAUGGAAGAAGAAGAAGAGCAAGAUGAAGAAGAAGAUGAGGAAGAAGAAGCGAUGAUGACAAUGAACGAGCCAAACAACCAGCCUCACAUGUAA